AUCAACAAGAAACUGAAACAAAUAUAAGUAAUCAAAAUGUCUAAUUCAAAUGGUAAUGGAAAUAUUGAUUCAUUUCAAUCAACAAAUAACAAUAAUAAUGUAACAAUAUUAGAUUAUAAAGAUUUAUUAAAAAUAAAAGAUGAAAUAUUUUUAAAACGUUUAGAAUCUAUAAAAGAUUUCUUUGAAAAUGAGUAUGGACAUGAACCAGAAUUUUUUGUUAAAGUUCCUGGAAGAGUAAAUAUUAUUGGUGAACAUAUUGACUAUUGUGGUUAUCCAGUUUUACCAAUGGCAUUGGAACAAUGUAUCUUAUUGGCAGCUUCAAAAAAUAUUGAAGGAUUUUUACAUUUAAAAAAUUCAGAUAAAAAAUAUGGAAACUAUAAAUGUGAAAUGAAAUCAGUCAGAAUUGAUUUACCAUCAUCCGGAAGUCCACAAUGGUAUAAUUACUUUUUAUGUGGUAUUAAAGGAAUACUUGAUCAUUUGAAUAACGUACUACCAACAAAUUUUGGUAUGUCAAUUGUUAUAAAUGGUAAUGUACCACCAGCAGCUGGUCUAUCAAGUUCUAGUGCAUUAGUUAGUGCAGCAACAUUAACAAUGGCAUUCAUUUAUAAAGUAAAUCUUAAUAAAAAUUUAUUAGCAUCGAUUGCAGCAAAAUGUGAACGUUAUAUUGGUACACAAGGUGGUGGUAUGGAUCAAGCAAUUGCAUUUUUAGCUAAAAAAGGUUGUGCACAAUUUAUUGAAUUUCAUCCAGAAUUAAAUGCAACAUCAGUUAAAUUACCAGAUAAUGCAUAUUUUGUUGUUGCAAAUAGUUUAACACAAAUUAAUAAAGCUGCAACAUCAGAUUUUAAUGAAAGAGUUAUUGAAUGCCGUUUGUCGUGCCGUAUAUUAGCGAAACGUUGUAAUUUUAAUAAUUGGAAAGAUAUUACAAAAUUUAUACAUUUACAAAAUCUAUUACAAUGCAACCUUUAUGAAUUAGAACAAUUGAUAUUGAAUGAAUUAACCAAAGAUAUAUAUACCAUUGAUGAUAUCCUUGAAGAAUUUAAUAUUUCUGAAAAUGAAUUAAUAAUGAAUUUUUUGACUGAAAAUACAAAGGAUAUGAAAAUGUUUAAAUUAAAACAAAGGGCACUUCAUGUUAUUCAAGAAUCAAUUCGUGUUAACAAAUUCAGAAAUUUAUGUGAGAGUGACAGUCUCAGUAUUGAUAUGCUAUCCCAAUUAAUGAAAGGAUCUCAUAAUAGUUUGCGACAUCUUUAUGAAUGUUCACACACAAAUUUAAAUAAAUUAGUUGAAUUAUCAGAAGAAGUUGGUGUUACUGGAGCAAGAUUAACUGGAGCUGGAUGGGGUGGUUGUAUUGUUGCACUUUGUGAUUCACCUGAACAAUGUCAACGAUUUAUUCAAGAAUUAAAAGAAAAAUAUUACAGUCAAUUACCACAAGCUAAAAAUAAGAAUUUAGAUGAAGUGAUAUUUUCUACAUGUCCUCAAAGUGGAGCUGAAAUUUAUUUAUGUUAGCAUUUAAUUUAAUGGAUGGAGUAUAAAACAGGCAAAUUAGUUUAAAAUUAGAAAAUAUGCCUGCAUAGCGUUUUGUAUAAGAAAAAUAAUUCCAAAAUUAUAUUUGAGUUUUUUUUUUGUUUUGUUAAUGUUUAAUUUAGAAUAGAGAAUGAAUUUUGUAAAAAAAAAAGUUAAUCUUGUUGUAGAUAAACACAUAUUUAGUCAAUUAUUAUUAAAAUUAUAAUCGAUUUUAGUGCCCAAUUUUUAUU